AUGUCCUCAUUUAGAUCCUACGGCAAGGUUGAUGCACUUGACCAGGUCCGCCUCGAGGCCCGCCGGAAAACGAGGCGACGAAUUGCCAUCAUCAGCCUGUCUUCCGUCCUUCUCAUUGGUAUUAUUGUUGCUGCUGUUGUGGGAACUCGUGCUAGUAAAGACCCUGGAGAGCAUUCCAAGAAUGUUUAUGGGGCAAUUCCGGCUUUGAUCAAAGCUGCCUGUGAUGUAACAUUGUAUAAAGAUUCUUGUUACAGUAACCUCAUUAAUGCCACUAAGGACUCAUCAAUGACGCCCAAAGACGUGUUCAAGUUGUCGAUGAGAGUCGCCUGGAAUGAACUUUCCAAAGCCUCCGAAUAUUUCUCCGAAAAUGGUAAUGAUUAUACUAGUGUUACUACUGGCAAUUUUUCUGUUGCAGCCUGGAAAAAUUGUAAGGAACUUCUCGGACUGGCUUUGGAUCAUGUCAAUGAUUCGAUAUAUGCGAUCGAUUCGGUGGAUGAUCUCAAGACAUGGUUGAGUUCAGCUGGAACGUAUCAGCAAACUUGCAUUGACGGGUUUGAAGAAGAAUCGGAAGGAAAAAAGACAGUAACUUUCCACCUGAAGAACUCCACCGAACUGAUCAGCAAUAGCCUGGCGAUUAUAUCCUGGAUUGCGAAGAUUACGAAGUCUGUGCAAAUGAGGAGAUUAAUGAACAACCCGGAAGGCGAAAACAAGCCGAGUUGGUUGAAAUCAAGAGAUCAUAGGAUGCUAAUUGAAAGUUCGGAUCACCUGAAGAGGGCAGCAAAUGUGGUUGUGGCAAAAGAUGGGACUGGAGGAUACAAGACAAUCAGUGCUGCCCUGAAGGCGGUUCCUGAUAAAAGCAAGAAGAGGUUCAUAAUCUAUGUGAAGAAAGGAAAUUACACUGAAAAUGUGAGGGUAGAAAAGCCUAAACAAAAUGUUAUGAUAAUUGGAGAUGGAAUGAAUCAAACAAUUGUCUCUGGAAGCCUCAAUUUUGUUGAUGGAACUCCUACAUUUUCAACUGCAACAUUUGCUGUAUUCGGUAAAGGUUUCAUUGCUCGAGAUAUGGGGUUCCGGAACACUGCCGGUCCGCAGAAGCACCAAGCGGUGGCCCUAAUGGCAUCGGCCGAUCAAGUAGUUUUCUACCAGUGUCAAAUUGACGCCUUCCAGGAUUCUCUCUACACACAUUCAAACCGUCAAUUCUACAGAGAAUGCGACAUAUAUGGUACAAUUGAUUUCAUUUUUGGAAACUCGGCAGUAGUCCUCCAGAACUGUAACAUUCUAGCGAGAAAACCAAUGCAGGGACAAAAAAACACCAUCACUGCCCAAGGCAAAGUUGACCCUAAUCAGAAUACAGGAAUUUCCAUUCAGAAUUGCACCAUUUCCCCGUACGGAAACCUGACAGGAGUGAACACAUUCCUUGGAAGGCCCUGGAAAAAUUAUUCAACUACAGUUUUUAUGCAAUCAAUUAUGGGAAAUUUGAUUCAUCCGAAAGGGUGGUUGCCCUGGACUGGAGAUUCAGCUCCGGACACUAUAUUUUAUGCGGAGUAUGAAAAUUUUGGCCCUGGAGCUUCAACAAAAAAUAGAGUUAAGUGGAAGGGAUUGAGAAAAAUUUCUGCAAAACAAGCUGAAAAGUUUACAGUGAAGGCAUUUUUGCAGGGGAAGAAGUGGAUUUCGGAUGCUGGAGUUCGCUAUAAACCUGGACUUUGA